GCAUCGGUGAAUAAAAUAAUUUACAACACGACUGAAGUGAAAAACUUUCCGUCUUUCUUCCAUCCAUCUUGCUCUCAUGACAACGAUGAUAAUGAUGAUGUCAUAUCCUGUUCGUCGUCCAUGGACAGGUACUAUGAAAGUAGGUCAGGAACACCCACCAGCCUUAGCAUGGACCAAGGGGCGGCGAGUCAAAUGGACAAUGAUGAAGAUAACUCACAAGACAAUCAGCUGGAGAUUAUCAUAAAAGGGGAGACCACUCCCAAUGGAAGUUUAAGUCCAUAUGGAAAGCAAGCAGCUAGAGAGGAGAAGCGGUCUGACAACACACACGACCAGGGUUCCCCCGACAGUACAGGGGGAGACAGUACAGGAACGGCCCCAGACCUAGCAACACCUGUGAAGAAGAAACGCAACUCGUAUGCCGACUCACCUCACAAGUUGUCCUGUCCCUGCUGCCCCAGGUCAUUCCCCUGGAUUAGCUCCCUUAACAGACAUCUCCUCACUCACACUGGUCAAAAGCCAUUCAAAUGUCCUCGUUGCCCUGUGACUUUCUCAACGAAAUCUAAUCGCGAGCGACACUUAAUCAGAAAACACGGAGUCAACAUGCUGGACCCGGCUUCGCGCCAGACCAUGGACCGACCGUACAAAUGUCACCUGUGUGUCUUCAGUUCAUUUGCCACUGAAAGUAACCUGUUGAAACACUAUCAAGAGCGACACAAGGGAGAGAAGCCAUCAGCCGAGAGUUACCUCAAUUUAGAGUCGUCCCUCUCUUGUACUCUGUCUGACAAUGAAGGUGCUGAUGAUUUUGACAACUCACAAACACCAGGGGGCAGCACUGGAACUAACGGCUCUGAUGAAGAGGACUGUAAAUCUGUUACCAACAUGAAAGACCCAACAAACGAAACAUUUCUCACCGAUGGCUGCGACCGCAUGGAAAUAGAUCUGAACGGCAAUCAUCCAGAAUCCUUCGACGCAGACCCUAAUAAACCCGACACCAAAAUGGCCGCCGACAUGAAUGCCUCGCUGAUGGAGGACGAAGAAGAGGAUUCCCUCGACCUGGCCGAGUAUUCCUCGGACUGGAAGAAGAUGCAGAUCAACCCGGAGCGCGACAACUACAACGUGGACAAGAUCACCCAGUGCUGGAAGUGUGGGCUCGAGUUCCCGCUGAGGAAACUGCUCGUCCGCCACCUCAAGGACCACAACAUCGACCUCCCGUUCAAGUGCUACCUGUGCGAUGCCUCGUUCGAGAAACGGCAGGACUGUCUGCAGCACCAGGAGCGGUUCCACCCUCAGGACUGGAUGGUGCUCAAGGAGAAGAAUGGGGUUGAUAGUUUGGAUAGAUUCUCGGUGCGUAUGGACAAGUUGGUGGAGAAACAUUGCCAGGGCGUUGUGGCGGCGCUGCAGGGACCGGAGAAACACGGUCCGGGUGGGGUGUUUGUGGCAGGAGAGGAGGACCGGGGGGAGAAGGGUGGGGCCAGGAUGAUGGAGGAUGGACUGAUGGAUACGAUGACGUCCGACUACCAGCAGCGGAAGGUCUAUUGUUCGCUCUGCCCCAAGAGAUUCUGGUCGUUGCAGGAUCUUCGAAGACACAUGCGGUCACACACAGGUGAAAGACCUUUUGAAUGUGACGUCUGUUUUAAACGCUUCACACUGAAACACAGCAUGAUGAGACAUCGCAAGAAACACCUCGACUCAACCACGCCACCGCUCAGUGAUGACGACGACAACACCCUCAACUUGGAUGAUAACGUCGGUUCAUUGCAUGGGAAGACAGCGCUUCGUUUUCAUCUGACCAAUCAGAAGAAAGCAUCUGACAGUCAUGGCCAGGUGAUUGCUAACAGUGUCAGCUUGCUCCCGUCUGAAGACAACGAUCUCCUGCACAAUCUGCUCGGGGUGGAAGUCAGCGCCAUCGAUAAAAUGCUCAACUCCACAGACUCGGCAGACUCCGCCGCUCAGAUGCUCGGUGUUUAGUAAUGUGAUGGCUGUUUACACUGUUUGCUAUAAGUGGAUGUGACUUAUUUUUGAAGAUGACUAUUUUACAUUGUUUGCUAUAAGUGGAUGUGGCUGAUUUUUGAUGAUGACUAUUCACACUGUUUGCUAAAAGUGGAUGUGGCUCAUUUUUGAU